AUGUGGGCCUUUUUGUCAGAGUGCAGGGCCGAGUGCCUGCAGGAUGACCUGGCCAGGGAGGGCCUGACAGCGCCUGAUGACGUCGCUAAUGUGCUGGACGAGGAUGGCUGGGGCGAGUUCUGGUCGAAGCUGCAGGGGGGGCAGAUCAAGAAGAAGGCCGCGUUCCGCAGGCUCAGGGGCCACCUGGGCCUGCCGCCGCUGCCAGCAAAUUCCCCCAGCCUGCCGCCGGGCGGCACGGGCGGCGCGGGCGGCGAGGGCGGCGCGGGCGGCCCGGGCGCCAAUGCGGCGCCGCGCUAA